AAAAGCCACGAGGGAACGACAGGCGCGGUUGUUCGUUUCCGUGUCUGGUUUUGACGCCGGCCGUUUCCGAUAGAAUUCACCGCUUCGCCGACGCGGCGCAGGAGUGGAUGCUUUCCGUCGACGAAUGUUCGGUGUGCAUCGAACUACUGUGGAUACGCCUACCCUCAUAGGGCUACUUCAGUACAAUUUACCGCAAAGGCUCACGUAUCCGAGAACUGGGGGAAGAAGCCAAGCCACAAGCCUAGUCUGAGAGCGUUGAAACUCCAGGGUGCGAGAAGAACACACAUGGACUCUUCGCUGAUGUACCGGGGUCUCCCUGGUGGACCUACCAAGAUCAAGUUCGCUGAAGAACUACCUCGCCAUUGCCUCUGUGGUCACUGUGGCAUGAUUACGCUGUCCAUGUAUCAAGACCCCGACAAUCAUAUGUUUUGCGAUGACUGCCUGCUUGAGCAAAGUACGAAGCAUGGCGUGUAUCACAUAUUCUGCUCUUAUGAAUCCAGAAACAUCGCCAUUCAUGAAAUGUUCGAAGCUCGGGACCUCAUAACGAUCAUUCGUGAUCAGUACGUGGAAUGUCCAAAUAAACCGCAUUGCAAAGAAUAUAUGCCCCUGGGAAAUCUGCGCGAACACUACGUUUCUUGCAAGAAGCUCGUUGAAUGUCCCAGCUGCGGCGAGAGCAUUGAGACCGAGAAAUGGAAUGGCCAUCGUUGCCCCUCGGAGAACGAACAAGCCGUAUCGAAAGCAAAAGAGAAAAAUGGAGCUUCUAUGAAGUUGGUUCAGGACCCAGAAAGUAAAGGAAAUCAGAAGCGUUUGGUCUUGCACCCACCGCAAACCCAUUUUGAGACAAGGGCCUACCGGAGACAUUGUGACCGCCAAGCUUUAAAUAUUUAUACAUCUCCUAGUGAAACUCUAGGUCAGGCUGAACCUGCAGUUCCACGACGAGAGUGGCAAGUUACGUGUGACACACGUGGCACAGCUCCAUCGGUGCAGAACAGCAAUGGAAAGAACCAAUGCCCUGAAGCAACGCCUCUGUGCCAAUAUUGCCAGCGGAAGGUUAAAGAGAUCAACAUGCAGCGUCACCUGAACAAUUGCACCAAAGCUCCUAAACCUUGCGUCUACUGCGACAAGAUGAUUCUCCCUGAAAUAAUGCAGAUGCAUUUUCAUGAGUGCGAUCGAAACCCCGACAAUAUACCGCAGACUGCCAGUGAGGUCGACGACCAGCGCUCUCGUCACGGCCGGUGUCCCGCACGAGGUCAAAGGUCACUGGCAACAACAGGAUUGGACGGGUGCAGAACGCCACUGCUCACCUCUGGUAGCCGACGUUCCCGUGUUACCGGUUCUGGACGUGUCAUACGCCGAGUUGCUGGAGUGGUACUUCGCCGUAAAGGAGCACUUGCGCCAGCUCGGCGUUUUCGACGACACGGAAAAGUUUGAACUCGUGUCAUCAUUUUUGUCCCACUGCGUGUUGAAUCAGCUGGCCGACGUCCUCACGUCACCUCCCCCAACGCACGCGUACGAAUGCUUGCUUAUAGCUCUCUUCAGACGAAGCAAAUCGGCCCGAAGUGGUUGCGAGGAUGCCACCUCAGGCGACCUAUUUCUGGAGGAACUGCCUUACGAGCUUGCUAUAAAACUUUCGGAAUGUGAGGCAGUGAUGAACUACAUACCUACAUCAUCCGUUUUUGUAGAAGAAAGUGGCUGCGGUUCUUACGAUAGGGAGAUGCUGUUCGGUGACGCAGAUACUUGUUUUUACUAACAUCGUGUUUUUCAUGUAGUUAAAGUGUUGAACACCUGUGCGCACGUCAUCCAGCGAUGGUAAUUUUAUAAACAAGUCAAUCGGUAAUCCCAUAGAGCUUCAUAUUGGUACAUUAGGGAGAAAUCUGGCAAUACUAUACGCGUAUAUAACAGAUGUAACGCACGGAGCUUGAGCUAACAUGAAAAAUGCAGGGAGGAUGUGGAUGUUCCUAAGCUUCCUUCUUGUGGCUCCGUCCGGGCUGUGGCCCCCUUUAUGACAAGAUGAAGUUCAACAGUCCAGUAUUAUCUCAUUUUACCUUCCAGUCUCACUAAUUCAAAUUGCCUCACGAAGUUCGGUUCGCCACAGGGACGUUGUUUAACCUGCGACGAAAGGUAAAACUUUAGAAAAGUCACGUGUAUGUUUGUAUCCGCGUGCCUGGAUACGAGGCAAAACCGCGUACUGCCUAUCAUAUCCGUAUUAAAUCAAAAAUCGAAACGCCACGGUUGUUCCUCAUAAACAUCAAAGGAAACUCUGGACAGCCCGCGUGUGCUGGGAUUCUUCAUGGUGGUGGUAUGUCUUGUCAGUUCAAGUUCAUUUACACAAAUUUGUUUUGAUCUUGACGCAUCAAGCACCCCAAACUUCAAGCCUCAAGUUUUAGUUUUUUAUUAUGCAAAGUCUUCUCCAAAGUGACAAUGUUACUGUUUAAAGGGCUGUGUUCUCCAAGACAUUCAAAUUACACCGACCCUGUUUCAGCCAAAUAUGUUCGUAGAUGCAGGACUAUUUAAAGCAACAUUUGUUUCUUGUUUGAAAAUACAUCGACUUUGCCUUAUUUUAAUAAACAAAUAUUCUUCUAUACCAGCAUAAUACUUAAAGCAGCUGCUGUGGUUCUGCCCUUCGUCAUGGGAAAGGCACUUUCUAUCAGGAGUGAACAAAUCCCGUAGUCGUCAUCCACUUGCUAGCUUUGCCGGCUACUUUGGCUGAGAGUAAAAGUGCCUUAAGUUUACAACAACCGGCAGUACAUGCUAUGAGAAAUGUACUCCUCGAUACCGAAGAAUCUAUCUGUCUAUCUUUGUCACGUCAUGGAUAAGAGUUUCCUGUCAUAUCAAUGCUUGUCUAUAGUGACCCCAUCUUGUUUGCAUUAAUCUUAGUUUUUACUUUGUGUGUGCGUGCGUGUGUGCGUGCGGUUGUUCGUUCUCCUGCAACAAAUAUUUCGAGCGUUCCACGCAAGCUUUCUUCUGAUGUUUUAAACGAGUCCCGUACUGUUGCAGUCGUAUGUUUUUCUGCACGAGUUGGGGACUCUGAAUAAGCAACAAUCAUACCCGAAAUAUUUGGUCUCUUGAAGACAAUAUUCUCCUUAGCUUGACGUGGUCUGGUUGUCAGCAGGCUCUUUUUUUUAUUUUUAUUUAGUAAGCUAUACCUAACCGAAAAUCAAUUUGAAAAGUGUACUUUCUGAAUAAAUGACACCCUACUUCAUGGAA